AUGGAUGAUGCGUCCUUCUCGGCGGCUUUCAGGAAGAGAGCGCAGGAAGUAGAACAGCAAGAGAUGGAGCGGCGUGUCGAGAUUGAAAAAAACUGGCAAGAAGGACGGGCAGACGUAAAGGUGGGUGCUGUCGCAGAUGACUGGGUUCGUCGUGUGAUAUUGGUUGAUGAUGAGCUGUUCGUGGGCACUGCAACACACGGUAUACAGCGAUAUGCACUUGGUGGUGAUCAACCUCGGCAGGUCUACCCGGUCACCGGAGAUCCUGGCCGAAGUGUGCCAGCUGAUCACCUGGCAGAGUUCGACCCAGAGACUUCGGUAACAUCCAUUGCCUGGAAUGGCCGAUGCCUUUUUGCGGGGCUUGCUGGUGGGAGAGUGCAUGCAUGGAAGGAAGACGGAACACUUCUCUUGGAUGUGGUGGUUUCUUCGUCCACGCGUCCGUGCUACGUGUAUGUGCAUGAUGAUACACUGAUAGCAGCUGCCGGCGAGGCAGUCAUGAGCUGGAAUGUAGAUAAUCUUGAACCAAGCGAGCAGAGCGAGCAGCCGCUCGAGCCUCGUAGGAUCGAGGUCAAUGGCAGCGUGCACAGCUUAGCUGCUGGCUUUGACGGGAGCUUCGCGAUUGGCUUAGAUGAUGGGACCGUAGAGCUACGCAGCUUGGAGCGCCUUGCUUUGUUGUCCCGGCACCCGGCCGCACAUCGCUUUGCUGUCUCUGCAGUGCUGGUGCUUCCACAGAUGCAAGGCCUCGUGACUGGGGACGCGGCCGGAAACCUCGUGUCAUGGCGGGCGGAUGCAGCGACGCCUGGGGAGGACUGGGAGAGGAUUUGGCAGCGUGAGCACCGUGGCCGGGUUGUGGCCAUCAGCCAGGGUGGCGGCGAAACCAUCAUCAGCGCAGCUCUCGACAGCUCCAUUCGUGCAUGGGGUUUGAGCUCAGGGAAGCCGCUGUUUGCCAUCCCUGAGCAUCGCGUGUGGUUGGGUUCCUUGAGCAUUUCCCCCGACUACAGCCUUAUGGCUACGGAUGGCAGAGACAACGCUGUCUAUCUCUAUCGGUUUUCCAGCUGA